AUGAGGCGGAGAAGCCCCGAGGAGGAGGCGUGCGGCGUGUGGCUGGACGCGGCGGCGCUGAAGAAGCGGAAAGUGCAGACACAUUUAAUCAAACCAGGCACCAAAAUGCUAACUCUCUUUCCUGGAGAAAGCAAAGCUAAAGUUUCUUUUACUCAAAGAAGAACCCCCCCUUCAUGCAUUCGCCAGACCAGCAUUGCUUCCUACUUCACCUUGCAGCCAGGAAAGACAAAUGGUGGUGACCAGAAAAGUGUUUCAUCUCAUAUAGCAAGUGAGACUAACAAAGAGACCAAAAAAGAAGCAACCCAGCUAGACCAUUUUCUCCAGGGUUUGGGGGAUGACUGUGUGGCACCCCCUUUAGCCACGUCAACCCCUGCAGACAUCCAGGAAAGUGGACUGUCUCCUCAAUUCCUCCAAGAGGCUUCUGGCCACCACAGAGUGGGAACCCCAGUUUCAACUGUGCUGUCUUUGCUCCAGCCUGAAACCUUAAUCUCUGCUGGGGAGAGUAAAGCCUCACAGGCUUUUUCCUUCCCCCGGAAUUUUAAAACUUCUUGUUUGUUGGACCAAAAGGAGAGAGGAGAUUCUUCUGGGGAAAGAGAAUGGAUUCAUGGGUCUAAGAAAAAGAACUAUCAAGAUAUGGAGAGAUACAUGAAACCACCUGGGGGCAAAUGCCAACAGCCCUUGGACACGACUAAAUUGGAAAGGAAAGUGUCUGCCAAAGAACACAGGCAGGCCUCUAUGCUCCUUCAAACUUACAGGAGUUCCUGGAAUGGAGAAAACACAGAAUCAGUCAAACAAAGCCCUUGCUCUUGCCCUGUUACUGUGUUUUCCUGGGACAGUGAAAGGAGUGACAAGAACUCCUGGAGUCAGCUUUUCACUGAGGAUACUCAAGGCCAGCGGGUCAUUGCCCACAGCUCUAGAGUUCCUUUCCAAGAUUUAACUAACAACCGGAAACAGGGCUUAGGGCCGUUUCUUGCCAGCCCUCAGGCUCAGUGCCAGGAUGGUCCCACGCAGUUAAAUCUGCAGCCUGAUUUGCUCUUUACCCAGGACUCAGAAGGGAAUCAAGUUAUCAGGCACCACUUAUGAAUGCCUUUGAGGGUUUGGUUCUAAAAGUGCCUUGAAAUGGCAGAGAUAUAGGAAAAUACCUUGUAGCUGGGCAGGGAGAGUUUGUUUGGUGGGAGGCACUGGGUGAAGUUCUAUUGUCAUUGCGCAUUUCUUUGUGUAAAUAAAGCAGGUGGUGCCAUUCAUUA